AGGCUGCGCGAAACCGAGAAAAUUUCAGUCCAAUUUCCACCUCCGCGUUGCUGUAGUCGCUUUUCGUGCUCCGUAGAAAUUCACGUGAAAAUCGUGUCUGCAGUUUUAAUUUACGGCGUUUACGCAAAUAAAGGAUACAAAGUAACAGAAUCAUGUCAGUCGAAACUAAUGGGUCUAUUCCAACACCGGAAUUGGAAAAGUUAAAAUUGGAGAACGGCGAAGGAGAUCAAGGUCCAGCUUCUCCCACUCCAUCGACUCCUAAAACACCAACGGGUGCGUCACCUAUGGACUACACGUCGGCCUUCAAGGCAUUUUCGAAAUUCGGCGACACAAAAUCGGACGGUAAGCACAUCACGCUAUCUCAAAGCGACAAAUGGAUGAAGCAGGCGAAGGUGAUUGACGGUAAAAAAAUCACCACGACCGACACGGGUAUAUACUUCAAAAAACUAAAAUCCUUGAAAGUUACGUUGGACGAUUACAACAAAUUUUUGGAAGAUCUCGCUAAGAAUAAGAAGGUUGAGGUUGAGGACAUUAAGGCGAAGCUGGCCAGUUGUGGAACGCCUGGAGUUACGGGAGUAACCCCGAGCAAAGCAGCCGCGACUGUAGAUCGUCUCACUGACACUUCGAAGUAUACCGGUUCUCACAAGCAGCGCUUCGACGAAAGUGGCAAAGGUAAGGGAAUCGCCGGGCGAAAAGAUUUACCCGAUUCCUCUGGUUACGUCUCCGGUUACCAAAACAAAGACACAUACGGAAAAAAAUAAUUUCCAGUACAGUUCUUCUACUAGUUCUUAGGUAUUAAGUUUGUUCCAGAAUAUUUCUUUAAGAGUUUAACAUUUUAUAUAUACAAUCAAAAGUCUAUAUAUUUUUACAUUUUAAACAAUAAACCGAAAAGAUGUCUGUUUAA